AUGGCUCACGCCCUCCUUUCUAUCGUCUUGACGCGCUUGGCUUCCGUUGUGGAACAACAGAUUCGUGAUGAACUUACUCUGGUUCUGGGUGUUGAAGCAGAAAUCCAAAGCCUCACAGAUACACUCCGAUCCGUCCGAGAUGUUCUUGAGGACGCAGAGCGCAGACAAGUGAAGGAAAAAUCUGUCCAAGGUUGGUUGGAGAGGCUGAAAGACAUGGCCUACCAAAUGGACGACGUGCUGGAUGAGUGGAGCACUGCUAUUCUCCAAUUACAGAUGGAGGGAGCUGAAAAUGCUUCCAUGUCUAAGAAUAAGGUAAGCUCCUGCAUUCCCUCUCCUUGCUUUUGUUUCAAGCAAGUUGCUUCUCGUCGUGACAUUGCUCUUAAGAUUAAGGACUUAAAACAACAACUAGAUGUCAUUGCAAGUGAAAGAACCCGGUUUAAUUUUAUCUCAAGUGGGACCCAGGAGCCACAGCGUCUUAUAACCACCUCUGCAAUUGACGUUUCGGAGGUAUAUGGUCGAGAUACGGAUGUAAACGCCAUAUUAGGCCGUCUGUUGGGUGAGAAUGAUGAAGAGAAAUCAAGGCUCUACAUCAUCGCCAUAGUCGGGACGGGAGGCAUGGGCAAAACAACUCUUGCUCAACUAGCCUACAACCACCCAGAGGUGAAGGCCCAUUUUGAUGAAAGAAUUUGGGUCUGUGUCUCUGAUCCUUUUGACCCAAUCAGAGUUUGUAGGGCUAUUGUUGAAACCCUCCAAAAAAAGCCUUGUAAUCUCCAUGAUUUGGAAGCUGUACAACAAGAAAUUCAAACAUGUAUUGCCGGAAAGAAAUUCCUUCUUGUGCUAGAUGACAUGUGGACUGAAGACUAUCGAUUGUGGGAGCAACUGAAGAACACUCUCAACUACGGUGCAGUAGGAGGGAGUAGAAUUCUGGUGACCACGCGUAAAGAUAAUGUUGCUAAGAUGAUGGGAACUACAUACAAGCAUCCAAUAGGGGAAUUGUCUCCGCAGCAUGCUGAAGUAUUAUUCCAUCAAAUAGCUUUUUUUGGGAAGAGUAGGGAGCAAGUCGAAGAACUCAAAGAAAUUGGUGAGAAAAUAGCAGACAAAUGCAAGGGCUUGCCACUCGCUAUAAAAACAUUGGGGAAUCUCAUGCGCUUAAAAAAUAAAAAGGAAGAAUGGAAGAAUGUUUUGAAUAGUGAAGUAUGGCAGCUGGAUGUGUUUGAGAGAGAUCUUUUCCCGGCUUUGUUGCUCAGUUAUUAUGAUCUACCUCCUGCGAUUAAACGUUGCUUCUCAUAUUGUGCUGUCUUUCCAAAAGACGCUGAUAUUCGAGUAGAUAAGUUGAUCAAGUUGUGGAUGGCACAAAACUAUCUCAACUCUGAUGGAGGUAAAGAGAUGGAGACAGUUGGUAGAGAGUACUUCGACUAUUUAGCAGCUGGGUCUUUCUUCCAAGAUUUUCAAAAGGAUGAUGAUGAUAAUGAUAUAAAGAAGAGAGAACAAGGAUAUCCUUCCAAACAAUUCGUCAUGCCACCUUAA